CCCUCUGUCCACGCAUUACUCUGAGGGCCAGCGCCUCCAUCCCUUCUGCAGCCAACAUCAUGCGCGAGAUUGUGCACAUCCAGGCAGGCCAGUGCGGCAACCAGAUCGGCGCUAAGUUUUGGGAGGUGAUAAGUGAUGAGCAUGGCAUCGAUCCCACCGGCAGUUACCAUGGUGACAGUGAUUUGCAGCUGGAGAGAAUCAAUGUGUACUAUAAUGAAGCUGCUGGCAACAAAUAUGUACCUCGAGCCAUCCUGGUGGACCUGGAGCCUGGCACCAUGGACUCAGUGAGGUCAGGACCCUUCGGCCAGAUCUUCAGGCCAGACAACUUUGUUUCGGUAUGUUGUCAUGCUCCAUGAGAGCCAGCCAAAUGA